AUGCCGCUCUCCGACUUUGGCACCCUCAUCCUCCAUCACAUCAUCUUCGUCACGUACUUGGUCUACUUCCACAUUGCCUUCUCGCAUAUGGAGGAGGCUGCGCUCGUGGCCUUGUACUGCGUCUGCAAGCUGCUCGCCCGCCGCUUCGAGGACAUUGACGGCCCGCCGCCGGAAUGGCCCCCGCCCGCCAUAGACUGUCUAAAUCAUGUCAUGGCCAGCGCCGAGAAGGCGUCUCCCAAUCACAGGAUUGGCAUCAGAGACCGCAUUGCGUGUUACCAGUGGACCUACUUCACCAUGACCAUGUCCACGGGUGGCAUUGCCAACAUCCUUCAUGCAUUGAAAUGGAAAUACCCAUGGAUCCACGGCAUUGGCGUCUUCUUUGUCCUCCUCAACGCCGUCCUCUUCAUUGGAAAUUGUGUGCUGCUCUCCAUCCGAUUCCGCUUACGCCCCGGUACCUUCACCCGCUCUUUCACCGACCAAUUCGAAUCUCUCUUCAUCCCAGCCUUUUUCGUAUCCAUCGCCGUCAUCAUGAUCAACACUUGUCAGUACGGGAUCCCCAGCUCCGGCCCCUGGCUCCUCCGCACCAUGGAGAUCAUGUUCUGGAUCCAUGCUGCUGUGAGCGUCUGCGCCAGUGCUGGUCUCUACCUCAUUCUCUGGUCAACGCUCGUCUUCCCCGUCCACACGAUGACUCCAACUUGGGUCUUUCCCGCUUAUCCUCUCCUUCUUAAUGCACCCUUCGCCGCGAAUCUCAUCUCCGCCGCCCAAAGAUCCGGACGGACCCUCUCACUCGACCCCACGGCCAUGGCCCUAGGCGCCGCCACUCUCCAGGGCACUGGAUGUCUCAUUGCCUUCAUGAUCUCUGCCGCCUUCAUCUACCGUCUCAUGACGCAGAAGCUUCCCCGUGAUACGCAGAGACCAGGCAUUUUCAUGUCAAUAGGGCCAUACGGCUUCACUGCUGCCGGCAUAGCGCAACUUGGCAGCCAAGCCGAGUCCAUUAUGCCACCGGCCUUUUUGGGAACCCCUCACGUAGCCGCAAUCAUUAAGGUUGUUUGCGUCCUCGUCAGCCUCUGGCUCUGGGGUCUCGCUAUGUGGUUCUUCAUUGUUUGUGUCGGCUCCCUCUGGAAGUACACCCGACCCGGCAGCAGGAUGCCCUUCCAGAUGACUUGGUGGUCCUUUGUCUUUCCCAACACCGCCCUGGUCACAGCAACUGGUGUCAUGGGCGACAUCUUCGAAAGUAAUGGCCUGCACAUAUUCGCGUGCGUCAUGACCAUCGGCAUUAUCUGUGUAUGGAUUGGCGUCUUCGUGAGGAUGCUGUGGAGCCUCAAGACGAAGAAGCUUCUCUGGCCGAAAAACGACAUUUAGACUUGUUUGUUCCUUUCCAUUUGGUUUUGCACGUGGAUUGCGUGCAUCGCAGGGAACUCAUCUGCACUUUCACAGCAACUUCAUGUACAUACUAGGUUUUCUACGGUGGCUUGGAAGACCGAGGCAAGAUGUGAUGGAUUUAGAUACUAGGUCGCAUUCACGGUGGCGUUGAGGAUUAAUCGUUGAGACAUUUUGCGAGCAUAUAGAAGUUCAGCAUAGCCUGAAAUGGAAGCAUACGCAGCAGCAUUGCACAUUGGAAGUAUAAAAAUAA